AUGAUGGAACUAUCUCCAAAGGAUGAUAUUACUGAUGUAUUGAAUAAUGGACCGUCGCAAUCAGCGGAUCCUUCUUUAUGGGCAAUAUUCGGACAACACUCGAUGGAAGAUUCAAGUGAAAGACGAAAUGUUGGUUCUGAAGUAGAUAAUAGUAUUUUUGACCUUAGCCAGUUAAAUGAACAUCAAUUGGCCUCCUCCGUACCCAACCCCAUGGGCUUGUCGAGCCAUGAUGGUCUAAUAGCCAAAAAUCUUGAAGGAGCAGAUUCCUCUGGUAAGCAAGACGCAUCUCUGCUUAGCCAGCAUAUGCUAAACGCCGAAACGGGGCCCAAAACCAUGGAGGCGAAAGGUCGAAAAUCCAUGAAUGGCAUUCGUAAAGGUAAACGCAUUUCUGCUACUGCAAAUUCUCUUGAACGUAAUGGGACACAAUUUGUCUCAAAUGAGGCUCCAAUCGCCGUGAAGUCUAGCAUUCCUGCGCUUCCAAGGACUACCUACGAAAGACUCUGUUACGAGUCAGCAAUUGCCAGUGGAUUAUCUCCUAAUUCUCUCUCAAACGAUGAAGUAGAGUUACUUUCCGAAAUUUUAGAUAAUCCAUCUUGGCUGUCUCUUUAUCUAAAAAUACGCAAUGGCAUAUGCUAUCUUUGGCAUAGAAAUCCGACACUAUUUGUAUCCUUUAAUGAAGCUUUGGGUAUUGUUCGAGACAAGAUGGCAUUUCCUCUGGCAUCCUUGGCUUUUGAGUUUUUAACGCGAAACGGUUAUAUUAAUUAUGGGUCACUGGAUAUUGCUCAUAAUGUACAACCAGGAGAAAAUCUUCCUCAAAAAACAGUAGCUAUUGUUGGAGCUGGUAUGGCUGGGAUAAGUUGCGCACGCCAAUUGGCAAAUUUAUUCGCGCAAUACGAACAAGACUUUGCAUCACGAGGCGAAAAGCCGCCCCAAUUGAUUCUUUACGAGGCGUCAAGUCGUUUAGGAGGUCAUGUUUUUUCCCAUGGAAUAUCUUUGCAUGAAUUGUUAAGUGAAGAAGAACAGAUCGGACUCCAAACAGAUGCACUACAAACAUGCAUGGUGAAUUUGUCUUCUGAUUUUCUCUAUGGCUGUCCGUUUUUAGAAAAUGAUCCUUUACACAUUAUUGUCUCGCAGCAACUUUCAUUAGAGGAAGUUGUACGCCAGAAGCAGAAUCUCGCUUUAUAUGAUUCGGGAGCAGGUCGGAUAGAUCAAAGGCAUAUAGACAGAAUUUUACUGUUAUUUCGCUCUCUACUUGAUUAUUUCUUUUCAAUGAAGAACGAUCAGCUUUUGAAUAUAGUGUCUUCUCCCAAACAAAAGUUUAUUCUCACUUUACAGAAUUUGGAUUGGCAUUUAGUUGGUGAUGUCCCCUUGUCUUGUCACGACUCGUUAAAAAGCUUUUUAGAGGAUUCCUUCAGAAAUCUCAAUCAUUUACUGCACUUUUCCAUUGCAGAAACCAGAGUUUUUGAGUGGUGCGUUGAGUACCUAAAACAAACGACUUGCGUGCCGUUAGAAUUAAUAAAACCGACAUCUUUCAAUUCUGUUAGCUUUCCUUUCGGUGAAACUGUUCCCUCGUAUGCAAUAAAAAAUGGCAUGUCAACUUUAAUAGAAGCGCUAGCUACGACUCCUAGUCCUUUACCUGUUAUAUUUGAUCAUACUGUCCAGUCAGUCAAUUUACAUGAUCAGAAAGCUCACCUCUCAUUUACAAAUGACACAUCUGUAACUGUUGAUAAGGUGGUGAUGUGUCUACCUAUCGAUAAAUAUCGAAAUUCUACCGUUUCAUUUGGACCAGCAAUAUCAGAGCAUAAAAUCAAUGCUUUGAAUAAGUGCUAUAUGCCAAAUCGUAAAAAAGUGGUUUUCCUGUUUAAAACCCAGUUUUGGGAACUUAACAGUAGUAUUUUUGGGUCUUUGACUUCUAGUAAGAAAAACUAUAUUUUUAACGAUUGUUCAGACAUAUAUGGAUUCCCAUCAUUAAGCGUGUAUGUGGAUAUUGGUGCAAAUCAACGGAUUGUUGGUAGAGACAUCGUCCAUGAUAUUCUUUUAGAACUUGGCAAUAUUUUUAAGCUGGAGAAUUUGCAACCAUUGAGGACUGUUAUAACCAACUGGGAAAGUAAUGUAUUUUUGAAUCACUCUUCUUAUGCUAUCUCGCCUGAAGCAUCGUCAGAAGAUUAUUCUAUAUUGAGAGAGAGUAUGGGCGAUAUUGUAUAUUUUGCCAGCGAAGCGUUGUCAAAAGAGCAUUCUGGAACUUUACGAGGGGCUUUUCAGUCUGGUCUACUGGCUGCUAAAGAUAUUCUUAGCUCUUUAAUCGGAGAUGUUGCCGUUCCUAAUACUUUAAUAGUGGAAGAAAAACUUGACGGUUCCGAAUCUAGCCGUAAACGACCAGCAGGACAGGUGUAUGACACUAGAAGGGAAGAUAAUGAUGAUGAUAAAGCCCUCAAUUAUUACCACGAUUACCUUAGAUUAAGGAAGCAGAGGCUUGAAAAAGAAGAGCAAGAAUGCGAGCUUUUAAUAGCUGAGCUGCUUGGCACUCGCCCCACUGCCCCUACCAGACCAAGUGCCAAUCCAUACUUAAUAUACCAAAAAACUCAAUGGCAUGUGUGCAGAGCUCUGGCAGAUCAGGAAAAGCAAAGAAGUACCGGCGACCAUGAAGCACGUGCUACUAAAAAUGAAAUCAGGGCAAAGCUUGGGAAGACUUGGAGAGCUCUCGAUGAUUUAGGAAAACAACCAUGGGUUGAUGAAGUUACUGCUAGGAGAGCGAAUUAUUCCAGUCGUUUGGAAGAGUAUCAAAGACAAAUAAAUGCCUAUAAUGUUCGCGCUGCCCAAAUUCGUGAUGAACAUCUUCGCAAGUGUGAAUCUCAGCCUCUUCCCGAGGAAGAAGCAAGGUUAAAGAUUCUUUCACAAGAAGAAGAUGAGCGUGCCCAAAAGCGUCGACUUUUAGAAAAUACAACAUUGAACGAUAGUGACGAGGAAUAUCGAGAAGAUAUGGAUUAUGAAGAACAAUUUGAUGAUAAUUUUUCUGAUACGUUCACAUAA